AUGACCCCACUAACUCAAAUGACCUCACUAAACUGGAUGACCCUGCUAAUCCAGAUGCCACUGCUAAUCCGGAUGCCACUGCUAACCCAGAUACUACUGCUAAUCCGGAUGCCACUGCUAACCCGAAUACCACUGCUAAUCUGGAUGCUACUGCUAAUCUGGAUGCUCCUGCUAAUCAGGAUGCCCUGCUAACCAGUGAUAAUCUGGAUGACCCUGAUAGUGAUAAUCUAGAGGAUAUCUUUGAUGCCGACUAUGAAGCUAUUGUUGGACCUAGUAAAUCAAAAGAGGUUGUUAAUGAAAAAGGUAAAUCAAAAGAGGUUGUUGAUGAAAAAGGUAAAUUAAAAGAGGUUGUUGAUGAAAAAGGUAAUUCAAAAAAUGUUGUUAAUGAAAAAGGUAAUUCAAAGGAA